CUUUCCUUUCCUUUCGCAUCAUCUUUUCCUUCAUGAUCUGUAAUUCUUUCCGAUGACCUUUUUCGCUAAAACAAUUCACAACCCCUUUUUAACUCAAUGUUACAAUUCCAUAACCCUUUUUCUGAUUUUAACAACAAAAUCCAUGAUUUUAUUUGUGCAUGAAAGAUUCUUGUUAUACCCACAACCGUUAUAUAGUUCUUCUUUGAGCUUCGAGGAUUCAUACUCGUCCUUCAUCACUUUCAUCAAGACAUUGGAGCUAAUUUUUGUGAGAGUGGAAGUGAAAUGAUUCAGGAUCUAUGAAGUUUUGGCCAUGAAAAUCCAUGUGAUUCUAUUAUGGUCUCUUGUGUUCUAUCUUUCAGAGUUUCAAUUCUGUUUUUCAGAUGGGAAUGUAUGGGAACCCCGAGCAUGAUAUUGAACAAGAACUAUAUGAGCAAGAGAUAUACCAGUUUCCAAGAACAUUACAAGACUAGAUUGAGAAAGCUUGUCCAUUAGCUACAAUACUGGAGUUAAAUUUGGACACUGAUCAUCUUGGUAAGGACCUUGUUGAUUCAAUUUCUAUACCAACUCUGCAUUGUAGUUGCAAGCUCAAAUGUGGGGUUAGAAUGUGCAAUCAUGCAACCAAGAACAAGUAAUGUUGGGGAUGGCAUUCGGGUAAGUACCUCAACUAGUAAUUAUUGUGGUGGGACUGAACUAGAAGACCUAGACUCAUUUCGUGAUGUGUACAUAUGGGGUAAGGUUUUGUCAAAUGGGGUUUCACCUGAAGGGAUUGGAACUCAAAAUCCUUCUCAGAUAGAUGUGUUGAUUCCAAAGCCUUUAGAGUCAAAUGUUAUUCUAGAUGUUUGUCGCAUUGCAACUGGUGCACACCACAUUGCUGUAGUAACUAAGCAAGGGAAUGUUUUUACGUGGGGAAAAGACUCAGGGGGAAGACUUGGUCAUGGAAUCGACAAAGAUUUUGUGUCCCCACGUCAAGUUAAGUUUCUAGAAGGCACUGAUUUUGUCUUUGUUGCAUGUGGAGAGUAUCACACAGGAGUUAUAUCGAAAUGCUAUGAACUUUACACAUGGGGUGAUGGAGAACAUAACGUUGGACUUCUUGGACAUGGUUCUGAGGCUAGCCAUUGGAUGCCGAAAAUGGUGAGUGGCCCUUUAGAAGGAGUUGAGGUUGUGUCUGUUGCAUGUGGCACAUGGCAUUCUGCAUUGGCAACUUCAGAUGGGAAACUUUUUACCUUUGGUGAUGGUGCAUUUGGUGUGUUGGGCCAUGGAGAUCAAGAGAGUUUGUGGUAUCCAAAAGAAGUGAAACUUUUGAGUGGUUUGAAGACUAUAAAGGUUGCAUGUGGAGUUUGGCACACAGCAGCUAUCAUGGAGGUUGAAUUUCAAUCUGGUUCAGAUUCUUCCUCUGGGAAGCUUUUCACAUGGGGUAAUGGAGAUAAACAUUGUCUGGGUCAUGGAAACACAGAAACAUACCUUCAACCUACAAGAGUUGCUCCACUUAUGGGAUAUAACUUUCACCAAGUUUCAUGUGGGCACACUAUGACUGUUGCUUUAACUACAUCUGGCCAUGUUUUUGCAAUGGGAGGAACUGAACAUGGUCAAUUGGGAAAUCCUGUGGCUGCUGGAAAAGUACCUACUCUGAUCCAAGAUAAGUUGCUUGGUGAGAUUGUUGAGGAAAUAUCAUGUGGAGCACAUCAUGUUGUUGCUUUGACAAAGAAAGGUGAACUAUAUACAUGGGGAAAGGGUGCCAAUGGAAGAUUAGGGCAUGGAGAUGUUGAAGAUAGGAAAUCUCCUACAUUGGUGGUAGCCAUGAAAGAUAGGACUAUAGAAAACAUCUCAUGUGGAUAUAACUUCACUUCAUGUGUAUGCAUCCAUAAAUGGGUCUCUGGUACUGAUCAAACACUUUGCUCUGGUUGUCGACAAGCGUUUGGUUUAACAAGAAAAAGACACAAUUGUCACCACUGUGGUUUGGUGUUUUGUCAUGCUUGCAGUACUAAAAGAGCGUUCAAAGCAGCAUUGACUGCAACACCAGAAAAACUUCAUCGUGUAUGUGAUAAUUGCUAUGUUAAGCUCAAAAAGUUUGAUGAAAUUGGUACUUCCAAGUUAGACAAAAAGCCUACUACUGCUACCAUUACUACUACUACUGCUAAUAACUCCAUAUAUGAAAAGGAAAAACCAAACCAUGCAGCAAUAAGAUUCUCAAAAACUCUCUUGGCUCCUAUAACUGAACCAGUGAAAUACCUUGAAAUAAAGAAUAAUAUCCAUCAAGGGAAUGAUGAUUCUUCCUUUGUACGAGCUUCCCUUGUUCCAUCUCUUGUACAAUUGAAAGAUGUUGCAUUUCCAAGUUCACUUAGUUCUAUUCAAACUAUUUUAAAGCCUAUAAUACCUCUUAGUCCGCCGCAAACUCCGCCGAAAACUACGACACCAAAUACCAAUCCGGGGCCCAAAUUCACGAACACGGUGAGACAAAGCGCUCCACGCCCUGCUAGUCCUAGGUAUUAUGGAGGUAUUAACGACAGUUUAAGAAGGACAAAUGAUAUUUUGAAUCAAGAAGUUGCAAAGUUACAGAAACAGAUUCAAAGUUUAAGGGAAAAGAGUGACAUGCAAGAUUUGGAAAUCAAAAGGCUUAACAAAAAGGCUACGGAAGCUUCUGCCCUUGCUGCAGUGGAAUAUUCUAAUCACAGAGUAACGAAAGAAUUUGUUGAAUCUACUCUAUCUCAGAUGAAGGAAGUGACUGACAAAUUGCCCGGAGAAAUUUCAGAAAGUCGGCAUUUGAAAGAUGUACUUAUUCGAGUCAAAGAUUUUCUUAAAGAAACUUCAGACUCUGAAACAUCUUCAUCACCAAAGUUGAAGACUAUGACAAAAAUUGCACCUGUUAGAGGUACCUCAAAUAACGACUCUUCCAAAUUCCACGCUGAAAAAAAAGUGGCUGCAACAGAAGCCAAACCUUGUCAAGAUGAAGUUCAACAAAGAAAAAAAUCAAACUUAAAGUUGCAUGAAGAAACAGAUAAAUCAAAGUUGGAGUCAACACAACAAAAGACACCUACUUCAGACUCCAGCACUUCAGACAAACUAGAUGAAAUUGUUCAUGUCAUAGAAGUUAACAAUUGUGAAGAAAGAGGAAACUCUAUCAAAGAAAGUGAUGGAUCAAAGUCGGAAAUUGAAAACCGAAAACCUCGUACACUUUCCUCAGCUAGUAGUGACCUUUCUGAAAUGUCAGAUGAUCAUGUCUUCCAUGAUUGUAUUGGUACACCAAUGACUUCAGAAAACUCCGAAGAGAGUUCAAGAUCUUCACGACCAGGAAAUCAGGGAGAAGUACAAGUUAUUGAAAAAUUUGAUCAUGGAGUUUAUGUCAUUCUCAUGUUACAGCCUGAUGGUACCAAAAUUUUUAAACGAGUUAAAUUCAGUAAACGAAGAUUCACCGAACAUCAAGCAGAAAAAUGGUGGAACGAAAACAAAGGUGGGGUUCUUAGGAAAUAUUGUCCAACACAUCAAAAAAAACAUUCUAAUGUCACAUCACAUGUUAACGAAAUUAUUGACACUCCUCCUUCAUCAAUAGAUUAGCCACUAAUAUCGAC